CUAAAUAAUUAGGUCAAUGGAUAAGAGAGCGAUUAGUACACGAUCAUAUUCGUGGAUUAAGUAGGCAUGAGAUAACCUUGGUAGCAAAUAAUACAAUAUUUUUAAUUAUGAUGAUGUAAAUAAUUGUGUUAAAAUAAAAUCAAGGAUUUUACUUAUUAGCUUUCAUGUCACAUGUCAACAUGAAUUUAAGCAAAAGCGAAAAAUUGUUGGCCGCUAAGAAAAAGCUCAGGGAAUUUCAAUUAAGAAAAAUGCAAAAUAAUCCAGAUGAUUCUGUGAAACAAAAACGUCACUCUGUCAAUUCAUUACCUUUGCAGUAUCAAAACGCAGAAACUGAUACAUCACAUUUAGAAGGUGUAACUAAUGCAUCGACAAUAGGAAAUGUGGAAAAUGAUAUAGUUCAAGAAUUUCAAAAAGAUGAAGUACUAUCCACAAAUUCAGUGGUAACUUCAGAAAAUACCAUAAAUCAUGAUAAAGUACAUUAUUCUACAGAAGAAACUAUCAACACAGAAAGUGUACAAGAAAUUAAUACAUCAGAAGCAGCGAGUAAAGUGGAUUUUUAUGAUCUUCCAAAAGUACAAAAAGAACAUCUCUUGGAGAUGGCUUCUGCAGUUGCAGAUGUUUUAACAAAUGAGUCAGAACAUAUAGAAACAUCUCUUGAUACUGAUUUAAUGUAUCAUAAUCAAUUUUUAAGUCCUUAUAUGGAAGAGCAGAAAAAAGUUGUUAAUGAAUUGCAUAUUGAGCUUAGUAAUGCUCGUAGCAGGAUUUCAGAGUUAGAAGCCAAAUUAGAAGGAAAAGAAACAGAAUUUCAGAUAGAAUUGGCACAAGAAAUAGAUCCUUUAAAAGAGCAACUUCAGGUUCAUACCCAGACUACCGGCAUUCUAAUAGCAGAAAAAGCAGAACUUACUGCUGCUCUUAGUCAAGCUCAACAAAGCAUUAGACAAAGUUCAGAGGAAUCUGAAGAAAUGACAAGAAAAUUAAAAAAUUCACAAAUUCGCAUAGCUGAAUUAGAGAAAGAAAUAUCUACUGUAAAAAAUAAUAAUGAAGAAUUGAGGAAAAACAUUCAUCAAUUACAAAGUGAAUAUGAUUCUCUUAAUAACAGAUUUUUUGAAUUGAAGAAAGAAAAAGAGGAUUUGAGUUUAGAAGCAUCAGAAUUAAAGCAAAAAUUGAAUUUGAAGAAAACAGAAUUAAUUGCUGUUCAACAAGAACUUCAAGAAAAAACAGCGUUGCUUUCAUUGAGCGAACUUAGAAUACAACAGAUGAAAGUUGCUACAACAACAGAAGAGGAGAAACAUGCAGUAAUUCUUUUGGAGCAAGAAUUAGCACAAACUAAAGAAGCUCUGAAAAUUGUUAGUGUUGAAAAGGAUGAAGCCAAUAAACAGUACCAGAAUUAUGUUAAACAAUUAGAUACCCAGCAGGCAAAAUUAUUAGAAGAGAUAAAAACACAAAGAGGUGGUAUAGAAGAUUUACAACGUAGAGAACAAAGUUAUAUACAAAGGAUUUCAGAGCUUGAGCAACAAUUACAACAAGAAAGAGAAAAAGCAGGGAAUUUAUCAUCUUUACAAGAUCGUAAAGAUGAAACGGAUAAUCUGCUGAAAAAUAUAGAUGAACUUACAUUGGAACAAGAAAGGCUUCACAUUUUAUUAUCUGAGAAGGAUUCACAAAUUGAAAUGUUGACAAAAAAUCUAAAUGAUUUACGAGAUGCAAAUAAUCAAGGAACAGAAGUAACAAAACUAGUCAGUGCUCUCGAAAGUGAACAGUUAGGGGCAUCGAGAGCAGUUCAGCAAAAUCGACAGUUAAAAGAGCAACUGACUGAUAUGGAAAAUGCGUUUGUUUCUUUGAGUAAUGCUAAAUUGGAUUUAACUGAACAACUUCAAGCGGAGCGUUCUAUAGGAAGAAAGUUAAACGUUCAGUUAAAUAACGUAGAAAGUGAGUUGGGACAACUGAAAGAAAAAUUAAGGGAAAAAGAAGCUAUUCUUGAAGAGGUUGAAAAAGAAAGACUUCAAAAUGCUCAAAUAGCAGAUCAAAUACAGCAUUAUCAAGCUCAAUCGCAUCAUGUAGAUACUUUUCAACGAGAACUUCAACAUGCUAUAAUCACUAUAGAAAGAUUAGAAAAGGAAAAACAAACACUUAUGGAGAAAUUGAAAGAAAAAAAUGUAGCCAGUUCCAUCUCCGAAGUUGAUUCACAUUCUGUGAAUGCUAAUAAUAAUGUAUCAAAAUCGGGAGAAAAAGUACAUGUAGAAAGCUCAAACGAAAAUGAUGUUAUUAUAUCUGAACCUGUAAAAAAGCUUGAACAAAGAUUUAAAGAAACAAUGGAACGAGUCGCAGAGCUUACAGAAGAGAAACAGAAGCUUGAACAUCUCGUUUUACAGCUUCAAAGUGAAACAGAGACAAUAGGAGAAUAUAUAACAUUAUAUCAAAAACAAAGAGCUGUUCUACAAAACAGAGCAAUAGAAAGAGAACAGGUAUUUCGACAAUUACUUGAACAGAGAAAUCAGCAACAAGAGCAAUUACAUAAAUUAAAGGUUUUGGUUAGUGAUUUUCUUAGCAAGGAAUACAUACGUUCCAAUGGAACAGAAUGUCAAGUUGAAACAGCAAUGGGUUCUAGUGAUUCUGUAUCUAUAAAAAGAAAAGAGGAAGUAAUAGAUCCACAAGUAGAAAAUAAAAGUGUUUCGGAACUCCUAGAUGUUCUGACAGAGAUAAAAGAUUGUAAAGAUUCCUGUAUGUUUGAACCGAAUUUUCAUCCAUGUCCUUGGUGUUCCGGAAAGUUACUUACAGUAUAAAGCAUAUGUUAUGUAUAUAUCUUAUAUAUUUUUUAGUAUAGAACAUUAAUAUAAAAUUUUUAAUCGACAA